AUGGUCUCUCAAAAGUCAAAUGUCAAACCACCUAAAAGUGAGGAUCGUACUUUGCCACACCACAAAUCAACUCAUACAUGCAACAUACAACGUGCUACUUUUUCCAAUGAUACAUCCAGUAGUCCUCGUUUAAAACAACAUCAGCCACAUGUAACAACAAUGGCGACAUCAAAAAUUGAAAAACCUUCGAAAAUGUCUCGACCAACACGCCAUGUGAAAUUUCAACAAGAUUACUCUUCUCAUCAAUUCCAAUGGCAUUCAUAUCAUCAUGGAAAUAAACAACAUGUCGAGUCUGCUAGAGCAUGUGAUGAAGCUUCGACACCCUCGUCAUCAUCCACUCACAUGCAUGAAAAAACAUGUGCCUACCGAGAAGGUCAUCGCCAUGCAUCGAAGCAUCAUACACCGCAUGCAUGUUCUUCGUCCAUGAAACCACAAUCAUGCACUCCUGAUGCUGAAAGACAACGUUAUUUGGAAUUACAACAAUCGUUGGCCGUCUUUUUUGGGUUUGUCAUGGGAAUUUUGAGAGGAAGUGAAUACAUGUGUCAGGAGGAUCAAAGACAUGUUGAAAAACUUCAUUCAAAUCAGAUGAUGUCAAUGCCAUUGAAAACAGCUUUGAAUUUUGGUAAUAAGGAAACGAAUUUGAAUGACAUGCAACAACCAUUAUCAUCGAACACAACGAAUGACCAUAUUCAACAACAAAUUUUACAACCAUCCAAUCCUUUCACUGCAGAUAGUAAUGAUAUUACUACUGUUAGUUCUGUAUUAACUAAUAAUCAAACGACAUGCAUGUCAACAUUGCCCACAAAGACAACACCACAUGCAUCGAAUCAAAAUGAUUCUUCCAAGAGACAUGCACGAACGUCCAUUUCCAUACGAGAAUUGUUGAAUUUGAAUGAAGAAUAA